UCGAUUAUAAUUUUAGUUGAACAACAAAAAAACAUUAACAGAUCCGCGGCAAAUUUAAAUUUGUAAUAAUAAUAUCUAUCUGUAAAAUGUGUGAUGCCGUAGCUUAAUCAUAAAGGAAACCCAAUUCCAUAGAAUUUCUGUUCUCAAUAUCAUUUAAGCUACCUGAAUGAAAAUGUCGCAGAAAAUUCAAGUAAGAGUUAUUAUUCGAAUCCGCCCAUCUAAUUGGCCUAAAUCAGACUUGUCAACUGAUUCCACGCCUCCUAAAACUUGUGUCCACCAACUUAGUGCAAAAUCUUUGGAGAUUGUUAACUGGAGAAAUGUUGAAGAAACAUUAAAAUAUGAAUUUGAUGCAGUCCAUAACAGUACAGCCUCACAGGAGGAUAUAUACAAGUCCAGCGUGUCGUCUGUAUUGAAAGAAGUUCUCAAUGGCCAAAACGCAAGUAUAUUUGCAUAUGGCCCAACAGGUGCAGGUAAAACGUACACAAUACUUGGGACAGACACUCAGCCAGGCAUCAUUCCUCAAGCAGUCAGUGAUUUAUUUGCACAAAUGAAAGAAGAAAGUGAAAAAUCUCCUACUUUGAAAUAUGACGCUUAUAUAUCAUAUCUGGAGAUAUACCAAGAAAAGGUCUUUGAUCUGCUGGAACCGAAGGCUCAAGACCUUCCAAUAAGGCAGGACAAACAUAACAUUAUAAUUCCAAACCUGGCAGAGAAAGAAAUUGUGAACAUUGAACAAUUCAAGACAUUGUUUGAACCAGCAAGUAAGAAUAGGAUGGUUGCAGCAACCAAGCUAAACUCUAGAUCAAGCAGAAGUCACACUAUAUUGCUUAUAAAGGUUGUCAAAAAAGAGCAGAGCGCUCCUUAUAGGACACUAACUGGUAAAAUGUAUCUUAUUGAUCUUGCUGGAAGUGAAAACAACAAGAGAACAGGAAAUAAAGGGGUCAGACUUAAGGAAAGUGGUUGUAUCAACACCUCCCUGUUUGUCCUCGGUCAAGUUGUCGAUGCUCUAAACAAAAAUAAGCCAAGGAUACCAUACAGGGACAGUAAAUUGACCCGUUUACUACAGGAUUCUUUGGGGGGUAAUAGCCAUACCUGUAUGAUCACCAACAUCUCACCUGAGGACAGGUCUUACAAGGAUACGUACACCACCCUGAACCUAGCUGCCAAGUCAAAAACCGUCAUUAACAAACCCUUCAAAACUGAGAUUUAUGAAAAAUCCAAUUCCCAGACAACUAAGAGAAAAUUAUCAGCUCAAGAGGGUCCUGUAUGUCUAAAGAAAAGAAAACCAAAUGAUAAAGAGCUGGGUCAUGAGAAAACUAGCUUAGAAGAUCAAAGACCAGUUUCUCAGGUACAGCCUGCUAAAUUUCUCAGUCCGUUCUUAAGAAAGCAAAGACACUUUCAAGAAGAUAUGACAGCUAAGUUACUGUCUCUAGAGGAGAAGCUGCUGAAACUUCAAGAUCGUGGCACUUCCCCAGGUGUGGUCACAAGUAGCCUUCACAAAGACCUGAUAGAUGACAUCCAGAAAAGCAGAAAUGACAUGGAAUGGAUGGUGAAACAGAAUAACGAAAUUAAGACAAGGCGGGGGGAAUCAUCGAUUCUUGAGGGAGAAGAGAGCCAAGUAAAAGACAAAUGGAAAGAAGAUAAGAUUCACUUUAUGAAGGCUGUACAAACACAAAUACUGUCAGAUGAGAAAGAAAAUGUGCCACAGAGGGUGUUCCAACCAGACCCAAACCAGCAAGCUAAACAUAAUCUCUCUGUGUUAAAUCUACUAAACUCAGGGUCCAUCAAAGAACUACGGUCUCUGCAAAGUGUUGGUUUGAAACGAGCAAAGCUAAUUGACAAUUGGCGGCAAAUGUAUGGAGCAUUUCAGAGCAUCAAUGACCUCAUUAACAUCCCGGGCAUGACCUUUAAGAUCGUUGAAACUAUCAAGAGAAAUAAUCUUGUCUCAUUUUGAAAAACGAUUUUAAUGAGUUUAAAUCAUGCCUGUGAUUAAUUGUACAUAAAUAAUGAGUUUGUAUAUAUAAAUUUUCUCUUAUAAUUUGACAUCUUAAUAAUUGAUUAUGUGGGCUUAUUAAUUUUUAUAUACCUGUUUAAUAAAACAUCCAGAUAUUUCCUUACUGGGA